AAUGAUGCAAUACGUGGAGCCGGGCUGCGGGGGCAAAGCAAGGAUGGCAGCAAAAAAAUGACUCUUUGUGGGGGUGGGAACUGCUUUGCUCUUGUAAGGACUCCGGCCGCGAGGCACCGCUGUUUGCCCGGCUGGUGUGUCUGGAGGAACUGCUCCUUUUGCUCAUGUUCACGGUCAAGGUCAAGAGGCACCGGCUGCGGCGCCAGAACACGCGACUCCCCGGGACCUCAAGUACCCGCAGGCACAGGAGGAACAAGCGCUUCGCCUCCCCUCAGCAUCCGGGAACUCCUCUUGCCCUCAACUCGGAAACUCCACCCUUUUUUACGUUAGCGUGGCGUUUAGCCAAUCGCUGCGCUGUUCCGGUUCCGGCGUCCGACGCCGUAUCUUAGCUACCGGGACGGGCCGGACCAACAGGAUGGUAUGUUAGUGAAGAAAACAACAUAUUUCUUAAUUUGUUUCUUGUGAAAGUCUUAAAUAUGGAGAACUUUAUCCUGUAUGAAGAGAUAGGAAGAGGAAACAAGACAGUUGUUUAUAAAGGAAGAAGAAAAGGCACCAUUAAUUUUGUUGCCAUUCUUUGCACUGAUAAAUGCAAGCGACCUGAAAUAACAAACUGGGUUCGUCUUACGCAUGAAAUAAGACAUAAGAACAUAGUAACAUUUUAUGAAUGGUAUGAAACAAGCAACCAUCUGUGGCUCGUAGUAGAAUUAUGCACAGGUGGUUCAUUAGAAGUGGUUAUUGCUCAAGAUGAACAUCUACCUGAAGAUGUAGUGAGAGACUUUGGUAUUGAUUUGGUUACUGGUUUACAUCAUAUUCAUGACCUUGGAAUUAUAUUCUGUGAACUCACACCUGGAAAGAUACUGUUGGAAGGGCCUGGCACCCUGAAGUUCAAUAAUUUUUGCUUGGCUAAAGCAGAGGGUGAAAAUUUGGAAGAAUUUUUUGCUUUAAUUGGAUCAGAAGAGGGAGGAAUUGAUGGUAAUGAAAGUAUUCCACAAAGAAACCUGAAAAACAGACUCAAAGGAUCUCCAAUGUACACUGCUCCAGAAGUAAUAAAUGGAGAAGAUUUCUCCAAAGCCAGCGAUCUAUGGUCGUUGGGUUGUUUACUAUAUGAAAUGUUUUCAGGAAGACCUCCAUUCUUCUCGGAAAGCUUUUCUGAAUUAACUGAAAAGAUUUUGUUUGAAGAUCCUUUGCCGCCUAGACCAAAAGAUUCUGCUCUUCCCAAACCUUCCUCAGACUUUGUUAAUUUGCUUGAUGGUCUGCUUCAGAAGGAUCCUCUGACAAGAUUGAACUGGACAAACCUAUUAAAGCAUUCAUUCUGGAAAGAUGCUUUCAGCAGUUAUGGAGGUGAAUCUACAAACAGUCAGGAUACAACCUCAAGCAGUGAGAACUCAGAGGCAUUUGUACCCAGAGAUACCAAGGAGCCUUUAGAUACCAAUACAAAAUCAGAUAAUCUGUCAUCCUCAGGAGCAGAUAAUAAACACCCUAACAAAUCUUUCAAGCUAGCAGAGAAUCCAGAUGAAUUGCGGCCUAAAAGUGCACUUGAUGGUGAAUCAAAUGAGUCCAUGUUUCUUCUCAGCUCCCGUCCUACCCCUAGAACUAGCAUUGCUGUAGAAACAAACAACGUUCUUCUUAUUCCUACUAAGAAUUCCCCUCAGAGAGAUUUACAGGCCACAAAGGCUGAACAUAUGUGCUCAAGUCAGCAGGAUAUGGAGUUCAGGCUGAAAGAGCUCAUCUACACUGAGUUUGACCUUACUGUAACCCCCAUUCUUGACAAUCCAAAGAUAAUGAAACAAGCACCAGUUAGAUUUGAUCAGAAAACACUACAUAUACCAGCACAUUCCGCUGAGAAGCUAUUGUCUCUGAAAGAAACGGAUUGGAAUGACUUUUUGCAACAAAUUUGUUCAUUGAUCGACUGCACUGAAAAGAACACUGGGGCAGCACGAGCUAAACUGAAUUUGCUUUGCUACCUGUGCACUGUGGCUGGCCACAAAGAAGUGGCAACUAGACUAAUCUGCUCACAGCUGUUUCCAGUGUUAAUUCAGCAGAUGAGGGCAGCUGCCAAUUGGGAUAUACGUACUAAAGUAGCCAGAGUGAUUGGCUUACUGGCAUCGCAUACAACUGAACUAAAAGAAAAUGUACCUGUUUUGGAGGCUGUUACACUUUUAACCGAACUGAUCAGGGAAAACUUCAGGAAUAGUAAAUUGAAACAAUGCCUUUUACCCACCCUUGGAGAGCUCCUUUACCUUAUAGCCAGUCAGGAAGAAAAAAAAGAACACCCUGGAGAAUGCUGGGUUGUUCCCUUGGCUGCUUACACUGUGCUAAUGAGGUGCCUUCGGGAAGGGGAAGAACGUGUUGUCAAUCAUAUGGCGGCAAAGAUCAUUGAAAAUGUUUGUACCACUGUCUCCUAUCAUGCACAGGGAUUUAUUACAGCAGAAAUUGGACCAGUGUUAUGGUACCUUUUUACACAUUCUACUGUAGAUUCUCUGAAGAUAACUGCUAUUUCGGCUGCAUGUAGAAUUACUCGUCACUCACCCAGCGCUUUUCAGAGUGUCAUAGAAAAGGUGGGAUUAACAGCUGUACUAAACUCAUUGGCAACUGGAAUUUGCAAAGUUCAACAGUACAUUCUGACCAUGUUUGCUGCUAUGUUGUCAUGUGGAAUUCAUCUGCAGAGACUGAUUCAAGAAAAGGACUUUGUUACUACAGUUAUUCGUUUAUUUGAAAGUCCUUCAACUUUCAUUCGAGCAAAAGCUUUUCUGGUCCUGUUGCAAGUUUUAAUGAACAAUAGAGAAAUGUUACUGCUCGGAUGCCAAGCAAGACUGGUGAUGUACAUUGAAAGAGACAGCAGAAAGGCCACACCAGGAAAAGAGCAGCAAAGCGGCAAUGAAUACCUGUCAAAAUGCCUGGAUCUUCUCAUCUAUCACAUUGUACAGGAGCUGCCAGGAAUUCUAGGAGACAUUCUCAGUGCCUUAGCUAAUGUAUCUGGACGUAAACAUCCAUCAACAAUUCAGGCCAAACAGCUCAAGGUGUGUCUUCCCAUGAUGCCUGUUGUCCUCCAUCUUGUAACAUCCCAGGUUUUCCGUCCCCAAGUUAUAACAGAAGAGUUUCUUUUCAACUAUGGGAGUUUGCUUAGUUUUAUAAAAUCAAUAGAUUCAGGAGAAACUAACUUAGAUGGAGCUAUAGGUCAAGUUGCAUCAGAAGAGCUGAUUAAGACCACUUUAUCCACAUUUGAAGCAGUAACUCAGCAUCCAGCCUUGUUAACACUCUACCACUCAACAGUUGAAGAAUAUAUCCUCCCAUCAUUAGUUUCUUUGGUCCACAGUCAGAAUGUGGAAUGGAGACUCUUCAGCUUGCGGUUGCUCUCAGAAACCACAUCACUGCUUGUUAGCCACGAGGUCAUGGCUGAGGAGAAAGAGGAGAGCCUUGACUCAAACAACAAGCUUCUGUCUCUCAUUAGAGAUUCAUUGCUGCCUCAUUAUGAACACAUUCUGAUGGCUCCUGACCCAGUCCCAGUGUAUGCUCUAAAACUCUUAGUGGCCCUGAGUGAACACAGCCCAGCUUUUACAAGCCUGGUUGGAGAGAGCAAUCUUGUUCCAGUUCUUUUCCAAGUCAUUCUGGAGCAUCAGGACAGUGUGCUGGGAAAUACUAUGCACAGUAUAAUUGCCUUAUUGAAUAACCUGGUUGCCAACAAAAAUACAAACCUGAUGUUACUUUAUGAACAAGGUCUGGUCACUCACAUCUGUAAUCUCCUAUUAGAAACUGCAGCUCUGUACUUGGAAGCAGAUGAUAAAAGCAACAUCAAGACAGCAAAUGUGCUCCUACUGUCCUUGCUUGACAUUUUGCACUACAUGCUGUUGUAUACAACAAAUAUUGUCCGCCUGACAUUACAGGCUCAGAAAUCUGGCACAGGAGGAGAUACUCAGGUUGCUGAAGACCUUCUGCUUAUCAAUAAACCCCUGACAGACCUAAUUAGCCUGCUUAUUCAACUGCUUCCAAGUGAAAACAGUGAAAUAUAUGAGAGUGCAUCACAAUGCUUGUCAUUGUUGGUUCAGCUAUAUGGCGGCGACAGUCCAGAAAGUAUGUCUCCAGAAAAUAUGGACAGCUUUGCCAAAAUACUGAAGUCCAAAAGAGAUCUGAGACAGCAGAAGCUUUUGUUAAGAAUCAUCAAAAGAUUGAUAACUUCAAACGAGAAGCACUGUGAGAGCUUGAAGAAUGAUGGAGAUAUUCUUAUCCAUGCUCUCGGGGGACUGGCCCAAACUGCCAGCUCCCAUGCCGAUAUUGCUGUUGCUUCCCUGGCUUUUGAAAUUCUCAGAACAGUUGGACACGAAAAGAUCAAGGCUACCAGAUCAAACAUCACUCCACAGACCUGACUGAAACCAAAAGACAUUUGUGCUGGUCCAUUCCUUGCACUUGAUUUAGGAUGGCUGCAGAUGAGUAGAGUAGUCCUAAUUCAAUCAGCAAAACUGUGUGGGCACAUGCAUACUUAUGUUUGCUUUCUUCUCUACUUAAAAAUACGGGAGAAGUGGAGAAAAAGCGAUAAUUUGUCUGUUGCUCUGUUGAACUUAAUUCAGUACCUUCUUAGUUUAACCAAAAGUGCUUGGCAGUUGUAUUUUGAAAAACACAAAUUAGAAAAAUGCAGAUACGUACAGUAGGGGAGAACUGUUCGUUUCAUCCAAACCAUGAUACAUUUCCAUACAAAAUGGUUGAUCAGAAAUAGAAUGUUUUCUCGUUGAGAGAAACUGGAGAAAUUACAUUUUUCUGAGUAGGACAGUGACUUUUGCAUGUGGAAUGAUUUCUGAAGCGCUUUGCCAAUGUUAAUGACGCAGUCCUGGCCACGCUGCAGGGAGGUGGCAUCAUCCCCUUGCACAGAUGAGAAAACAAGCUCAGAGUGGGAGUGAUUUCCUAGCAUCUUACAGAAAGUCUGGGACACAGGCAGUAGAACCAAGAUCUUCUGUCAUGUAGUUAAAAGGCCAUUUGCAAAACCAGAGAAAGCGUUCUAGUUGAAGUACAAUAAAUGCCUUCAUUCAUACUUCCCUGU